CUCCACCGGCUGGUGCCCUCGUCGCCUUGCCGGGCACCAACGUAACCCUGCCGUGCCCGGAAGGGGAACCGGUCAACCAGACCCUGGUGCGUUGGAAGUUUGAGAAAGAACCGGUCUCUUCCGCCAUCCCUGCAGUGUGGGACACCUCCCAGGCUGCCCUUUUCCUUCCCUUCGUCCAUCCCAACCAGUCGGGCUCUUACAGCUGCUUCGAAGGCAGCCGAGUCCUUCGUAGCCACCGCUUGAUCGUCGAAGAGCCUCCCCAAAUCCCCGACUUCACCUGUUUCCGCAGGAGUUUAGCCAAGGAUAUUCUCUGCGAGUGGAGGACAUUUUCUCCCGUGUUGCCGCGCACCAAAGCUACUCUCUGGAUGCAAAGGUUCACGGGUGGAAACGUCACAGAGCAACUAUGCCGCUACUACAGCCGGUCCCGGAAGUUCUUCUGCCGCGUUCGAGGGCUGAACAACGAGGAACAUGAGCUGCUGCUGGUGUCUGUCUGCGUGGCCAACCUGGCAGGGACGGCGCGGAGCCAUAAAUCCUUCCACACGGAUGUUUUGCGUGAGUGCGCUUGUCUCCACCCAACCCAGGUGCCAUUAGAAGACAAAAGCCCCACAGGG